UCAGCUACGCCGCUGGGAUCAGCUGCGUGCGAGAAAGGCAAACAGUGGCAGCGAGCGUUGGCCCUCAUGAGCGAGAUGCGAAACGCGAAGUGUAAGCCAGACGCCAUCGCCUACAACGCUGGGAUGAGCGCGUGUGAGAAGCGCGGGCAAUGGCAGCGGGCUCUGGCGCUGCUCAGCGAGAUGAGGGAUUCGAAGCUGGAGCCGGACGUCAUCUUCAGCUACAGCGCAGGGAUUAGCGCGUGCGAGAAAGGCAGGCAGUGGCAGCGGGCGCUCUUUCUGCUCGGCGAGAUGGCGGAGGCGAAGGCGAGGCCCGAUAGUUUCAGUUACAGCGCUGGGAUUAGCGCGUGCGAGAAGGGUAAGCAGUGGCAGCCGGCUCUUGCGCUUCUCUGCGAGAUGUGGAAAGCGAAGUUGGAACCCGACGUCCUCUGCUACAACGCCGGGAUCAGCGCGUGCGAAAAAGGUGAGCAGUGGCAGCGGGCUUUGAGCCUGCUGCGUGAGAUGCUGGAGGCGAGACUGGAGCCCAACGUCAUCGCUACAACGCCGGGAUCAGCGCGUGCGAGAAGGGCGACCAGCUGCAAUCGAGCUUGA